GGCUCAGACCAACGGCCCCGGGGACUCGAGGCGUCGAGGGAGGAAGGGAAGAAGUUAUCCUCAUAUACUUUUGCCCCCUGCGCUGUAAACAGAUGUAUGCUGAGAAAGUUUUAACAGAGGGGAAGAUGGGGAGCAAGGGAAUCUCUCUGACCUGUGUGUUGACCCCCUGCCGGGUGAUCGGGGUGUGUGUGACACUGAUGAUCUUGGGAGCCAUUGGAGCAGCCGUUUGGGCCUUAGAUGCCUACUGUGUAUAUCACUCCUCUGUAGUCACAUAUUGCACAAUGGAGGAAGACACAGGACUGUAUGAUGUUCAGGUCAAUUCUGCUGACCAACGUCUCAGAGUGUUCGACUCCGCCCAGAGGAGGUGGCGUCAGGUGUGUUCCUCCCCGGCCAAUGAACUGCUCGCCAGCAUCAGCUGUGAAGAAGUGGGCUUUGUCAGUGUGGUGAAUUACUCCAUCACAUCAGUGCCAGAGGCCAGCGGCGAUGGCGGAGAGUUCUUCUGCGUCAGACAGGAGGAGCUCAGCCACGGCAAGAAAAUUAAAGACUCGCUGUUCCCCUGUGACUGUGAGAGCAGGGAGGUGCUCACACUGCUGUGCCAAGACUGUGGCAGGCGCAGUUUCGCAGCAGACCGUAUAGUAGGCGGUGUGGAUGCCAGGCAGGGCAGCUGGCCGUGGCAGGUCAGUUUAGAGUACGACGGCGUUCAUCAGUGCGGAGGAUCCAUCAUCUCAAACCGCUGGAUUGUCUCUGCAGCUCACUGCUUCCCCGAGCGGCACCGCUUCGUCAAUCGCUGGCGUGUGCUGCUGGGCUCCAUCUUCAACAAGCCGGUCAACGCCAACGUGGCGGAGGUGAAGACCAUCGUUUAUCACAGCAGCUACCUGCCCUUUGUAGACGCCAACAUCGAUGACAACAGCAGGGACAUUGCCGUUCUAGCCCUCACACAGCCGCUCACUUUCAAUGAAUACAUCCAGCCCAUUUGUCUGCCUGCGUAUGGUCAAAGACUGAUAGAUGGACAGAUUGGAACGGUAACAGGCUGGGGAAACGUGGGGUACAACGGUCACCUCGCGGAUGUUCUCCAAGAAGCGAACGUCCCCAUCAUCAGCGACGCGGUCUGCAACGCUCCUGAUUACUACGACAACCAGAUCACCACCAGCAUGUUCUGCGCUGGUUAUGAGAAAGGAGGCACUGACGCCUGCCAGGGAGACAGCGGCGGCCCCUUUGUGGCAGAGGACUGUCUGUCGAAGACUAGUCGGCAUCGUCUGCUGGGGGUGGUGAGCUGGGGAACAGGCUGUGCCAUGGCAAAGAAACCUGGCGUCUACACCAGAGUGUCCCGCUUUCUGCCGUGGAUAUCCACCGCCAUGAGGAACUAUCACAACUCACCAGGGGUUCACAAAUUGGCCCGGACAUGAGCUCGCUGCCGCCAUCUUUCUCCUUUUUUCUACACUCAGACGACAAUACGGUCAGAUCCUGUAGAUGGCAAUGGGGAGUGUUACAAUGGGGGCGGAUGGGAAGCUGUGAUGUUCCCCCUUGUGUCAUGGUUCUAGAUUCCCCUCUCUUACUACAAUGUCUUGCCGAGGAUUUCCUCACUUAUUUUCCACAAAGUCAAAAUGUACGACGACAUCGUAUCAUGCAUGGUAGAGCAGUCGAGACCCCGAGUGUUUGGACAGUUACACUGUUUUGGUUGUUCGUUCACGCACAAAAGAGCUCACACGUGUGUCUCAGGUUGAGGAGAAAGUUGAGGAGAGAAGAGGAGAUUGUGGAGGAGUUAAUGAGACACCCCCCCCCCCGCCCCUUUAACAAAAGCAAAAAUCAGAGAUGAGAAGGCUCAAAGAUUUUGCUGAUGUCUGUGGGUCAAAAAACGUCAGAGAGGAUUUUCCACAAAAGGGUUUUGUUUGACUUCAAGUGAAUCUCUUCAAUUUCUUUUUUUAAACCUCCAAUCUUUGGCCGCUAUGUGGUUUAACGUCUACGUCUCCCUCAUAGUUCUUUUUAUGUUGAUCAAAAAAAAAAAACCCCCGACUCAGAUUCCGGCUGAGCCUUAGCACCUUAAUGUUGUAUCCAUUAUUUCAU